AUGUCACUCACAGGUCUGAUUCGCAUGUGCGAUGUGGCUGAUGGUACUGUGAUACCUGUAGCUGCAGGUGUAUUCGCGCAGUGGAAACAGGACCAUGAAGCAGUCGGAGCGGAGACUGCAGACAACACGGCUUGGCUCUGGAAUCAGCUGAAAUGCACAUCACUCGGGCCAUGGCUAUCUCGAUCAAGUGGAUCUCUAACAAUCAUGACCGACCGUUCCAGUGCCAUGCUCAAAGGGGCAAGAAAGGACCCGGCGCUUCUCAAUCCCAAGGGCUCUGAUGCGAUAGCUCGGACGCGACAUGACUUUGACAAAGCCAUGUUGGAUUUGCAGAAUGCUAACCCCCUCGAUCAUGAGUAUCUCACCACCAUUGGAUUGUCGGAUGUUCAAUGGAUGCUGGCUGCUGUUGUUCGAGGAGAUCUCAAGUCAGUUCAAGAUGCCCUGAAGGACGGGUCGGACAUCAACAGCUGCGACUGCCAGUGGGGAACAUCUCCUUUGAUGGCUGCUUGUGCUCCAACACAGAGACUCGAGGUGCUUGCUUUCCUGCUUGAAGACAAGAAGUUGGACAAAGAACUGGUGAAUGCGAGAGGGAUGACAGCCCUGCAUCAGGCGGCAUGGUACGGGCAGAACGAGGCAAUUGAGAUGCUGCUGAGAGCUGGGGUGUCUCUUGACAGCACAACACCUGAGGGUCACAGUGCCAUGGACAUUGCCAAGCUGAUGGGGCAUGAAUCCACUUCGAGGCUCUUGGAGGUCGCAAAGCAAGAAGCAGUGAAAGCACUGGCGGAAACCCCGGAGCAGCUGAGACAGAGGCUGAAGCAACAGCACAGCACGAAUGUUCAGAGACGAAUAGUACAACUGCAGAAGAGCUUGGCUUCCAUGACAAGACGCUCACCAGCGGAUUUCAUUCGAGUACGGAAUCUCCGCAUUCACUUGUGA